UCACACCAGACCCACAUACCAGCGCGAGCUUGCGUGCGCAGUUUCCCCGCUCCAGCCCUGCAUGCAUGCGUCGGGAGCGCACAGAGGGCGCACCGGUAUCAGUUUGCUCCAGACCUUUGUAGCGGUCGGUAGCUGCUGGUUGCGCGCAGUGCCGUCUAGGAGCAAGAAUUUGGGGAGUGGAAAUUCUUCUGUUACUUUCACGGCUCGGCUCGUAUUCCUGACAUUUCUGCUGUAACAGUCAGUCGUUCGCUGCCAACAGAGAGGCGGAGAACUGAAGGAGGAGUAAAUGUCUGGAGAGCAGUGCUCCGAUGUUCCCCGCGGUUGGUUUACACUGAGUACCGCUUAACUCGUGAUUUCUCCUCUUUAAUUUCUUCCUGGGAAGUACGUCUACUGAUCCCGUUCGGUAUCAGAACCGAGGACAGCACAGGGGCCACUUUCGGCGGAAGGAUUUUUCCUUUUGAUUCUUCGUCUAUUCAUUUGGAUUAUUUUUUUCGGAGAUGGCAAGUUGGUCCCUGACAGACGCGGGGAUCUGGUGCUGAAGCUCACAGGAUGCUGGGGACCCGACACCAACCCGAUCUCUCACUUUGAGACCCUUUUCGGUUAUUUUUCUCUCUUGGACGUAGUCCCCGUGGACCUUGUUUCGCCUCCGUUUAUUCAUAUUUUCGCUCCACUUUUACAGAAUGCCUGUGUUGUACAAUCUAAUAAGGAUGCGCAGUGGAUUGCUAUUGUUCCUUUUCACCCAAGUCAUCUCGGUUGCUUCGUUGACUCAGACUGAUAAAUGCGGGGGGACUAUAGAGAUACACACUGCGAACUACCUGACCUCCCCAGGCUAUCCCGGAGCCUACCCGCCCUCCCAGCAGUGCGUGUGGGUUAUAACCGCCCCUGAGCAGAGUCAGAAGAUCCUCAUCAACUUCAAUCCGCACUUUGAUCUGGAGGACAGAGACUGCAAGUACGACUAUGUGGAGGUUUACAAUGGCGGGGAUGAUCUUUCGCCCAUGUUGGGAAAGUUUUGCGGAAAGAUUGCACCAUCUCCGAUCAUCUCCAGCGGCAGCCAGCUCCUCAUCAAGUUCGUCUCUGACUAUGAGACCCAUGGGGCAGGAUUCUCUGUUCGCUACGAGGUCUUCAAAACAGGUCCAGAAUGUUCCAGGAAUUUCACGGCUCCCCGGGGCUUCAUCAAGACCCCAGGCUUCCCCGAUAAGUACCCCAACAACCUGGACUGCACCUUCAUGAUCUUCGCCCCCAAGAUGUCGGAGAUUGUGGUGGAGUUCGACAGCUUUGACAUGGAGCCUGACACCACACCGCCACCAGGCGCCCUCUGCCGAUACGACUGGCUGGAGAUCUGGGACGGCUUCCCUGCAGUGGGCCCCCACAUUGGCAGAUACUGUGGCCAGGCAUCCCCGGGCCGUGUGAUCUCCUACACCGGCAUCCUGUCCAUGACCAUCACCACUGACAACGCCAUUGCCAGAGAGGGAUUCUCCGCCAACUACACCAUCCAAGAGCGAAGCCUCCCACUGGGACACAAAGAUGAGGAUUUUGCUUGUAUGGAGCCACUAGGCAUGGAGUCAGGUGACAUCCCGACGGAGCACAUUACAGCCUCCUCCCAGUACAACUCCAACUGGUCGCCUGAACGCUCUCGCCUCAACUACCUAGAGAACGGCUGGACACCUGCAGAUGACACCGUGAGGGAGUGGAUACAGGUGGACCUGGGAUUCCUCAGAUUUGUCUCAGCUAUCGGGACCCAGGGAGCAAUCUCAAAGGAGACCAAGAGGCACUACUAUGUCCGUUCAUACAAAGUGGACCUGAGCUCCAACGGAGAGGACUGGGUCACCGUGAAGGAGGGCUCAAAGCAGAAGAUCUUUGAGGGGAACUACAACGCGAUAGACGAGGCUCGCUCCUUCCUUCCCAAACAGAUGCUGGCUCGUUACAUCCGCAUUCGUCCCAUGACCUGGGAGCAAGGCAUCUGUAUGCGCUUUGAGAUCUAUGGCUGCAGAAUGUCAGACUACCCAUGUUCAGGGAUGCUGGGGAUGGUGUCGGGUCAAAUCUCAGAAGCUCAGAUCAGCGCCUCAUCUUACAGCGACCGGGGCUGGGUGCCUGAGAACGCCCGCCUACUGACAGGGAGGUCGGGCUGGACCGGGCAGCAAACCAAGCAGCCCUUUAGAAACGAGUGGAUACAGGUGGAUCUGGGCCAGGACAAGUUGGUGAGCGGCGUGGUGAUCCAGGGGGGGAAACACCGUGACAAAAACGUUUUCAUGAAAAGGUUUAAAGUGGGUCACAGCCUGGAUUUAGAAGAGUGGACCAUUGUCAAGGAGGACAACACCACCAAGCCCAAGAUAUUCAUCGGGAAUCAAAACCAUGACACCCCGGAGCUGAGGUCUGUGGGUCCCUUCCUGACCCGCUACGUCAGGAUCUACCCAGAGAGAGCCACCACCGAGGGCCUGGGCCUCCGACUGGAGCUGCUGGGCUGUGAGCUGGACGAUAUUACAACUACAGCACUUCCUACCACGCCCAUCGCCUCCACCCUUCCCAUGACCACGUUUGGUGCAACCACCACAGCACCCAUCACCAUACCUGGCACCACACUGGCUGCAGACUGUGAGGAGGGACAGCAGGACUGUGCCGAUGAGACAGAGGCUCCCGAUGACUAUGACACAGCAACAGGAGGCACGACAGUGGCCGACCCCUUCAUUGACUUCAUGCCAGCAUACGUGUGGUUCGCCUGUAACUUUGACUACUCAUUGUUCUGCGGCUGGACCAGAGAGAGUGGGACCGGCGCUGAGUGGCUCAUCCAGGCUAACGGGGCUCCUGCCGUCCACAGAGGACCAACCCAUGACCACACAGGCGCACCGGGGAACUUCAUCUACAUGCAGCUGAUUGAUUCAAACACACCAAGCAAAACAGGCGAAGACGAGGAUGAAGAGGAGAAGGUGGCGAGGUUGGCCAGCCUGCCCAUCACGGCGCCAGACACCGACCUGUGCAUGUCCUUCUGGUAUCACAUGUUCGGUGAACACACGGGGGCGCUUCACAUCAAGCAGAGGAAGGAGGCAGAGGCGGGGCAUAUCCUGUGGACAGUCAGCGGUCAUCAGGGCAAACAAUGGAGGGAGGGAAGAGUUUUACUGCCACACUCAAGUGUCACAUACCAGGUGGUGGUGGAAGGCGUUGCAGACAAACACAGUGCAGGUCGCAUAGCUGUGGACAACAUUCAGAUCAUGGAUGGACUCAAGGCUGAGGACUGCAAGGAUCCACAAGCGCCGACGUCUCCACCCACUGAGAUCUUCAUCCUACCAAUGGACUCCCACUCACAGGAGAACAGUGAGCUCGGGGGCCCCGGCAACAUGCUGAAGACCCUGGACCCCAUCCUCAUCACCAUCAUCGCCAUGUCCGCGCUGGGCGUCUUCCUGGGCGCCAUCUGCGGUGUUGUCCUGUACUGCGCCUGUUCACAGGGCAGCAUGACGGACAGGAACUUAUCUGCCCUGGAAAACUAUAACUUUGAGCUUGUGGACGGAGUGAAGCUAAAGAAGGACAAGAUGAAUGGACAGACUAACUAUUCAGAGGCAUGAGGGGAAAAGAGAGACAGGGCUGAUGUUGCUUUGCAUGGACACUCAUGCAUCCAAUCAAGCAGAAGGAAUGCAGGGCUGAGGCCAUCAAUGGGACAGCAGGGUGGGCUGAAAGUGAGCAGAUGUAAUUUUAUUUCUCAGGAGCGGCAAUGGAAGGGACUGACCUGUAGGGGGCACUGUGUAUAAAGAAUCUGUACAGCAUAAAAAGAAGAAAACUAAGGAUUCUAUUUGUUUUUUCUUUGGCGUGCUUUGUUGAUUUUAUGUAAUCACAUGCUGGUGUUGAGACCAAUUCAGAUGAAAGUAUCAUUUGUGUACUUUUAUGAAAAGAUAAGAUUUGGUUAUUUGUUGUUUUUGUUGUUUUUCUUGUCUUUGUUUUUUCAGAUGCCAUAGUUUCACAAAAAAGCAGAGUAUGUGAAAUUUAUUAUUCUGAUAUCUGGCUCUUCAGCUGGCCAUAUGUCCUUGUGAGUGUGUGUGUGAAAGUAUGAGAGUGUGUGUACGUCUCACAUUCAUAUACAUCUGCUUUUACAUAGAAGGUUUGUAUGCGUUAUUCAGUCUAGCUGUAGGCAUGUUUGUGCACGUUACACUCAUGCUUCUUUGUAUACAUGAAGUGUGUGUGUGUGUGUGUGUGUGUGUGGCGGGUGCCAUCCUCACCCGCUGACCUGUGUCUAGUUCCAACAGUGCCUUUUUUUCCUCCAGUUUUUCUGUUGCCUUGUUUUCUGCUGGUUGUUUUUUCAUGGGUUAGCAUUCCCUCCAGGGUUCCUACACAAACCUGCAGGAAAAAAUCAGUAUGAUAUAUUUUGUACUUUUUACAGAUUGUGAUGAUACAUACAGCUACAUUUUUGGUGUUGCAGUGUACUGUCGGAUCACAUAUGUCGGUGUAGGUCUGUAGGUCUUCUUACCUUGAUGACAAGGACUAAAAUGUUAAAGUCUGAGUUAAUGUUUAGGCUUUGGAAAACUUAAAAUCUGUUUAAUUUCCAAAUGGAAAAUGUGUAGGAGCCCUGAAUGCCUCAUUUUCAUGGCACAUGACACAUCAAACAUAUUGUACAUAGGUUUUAAUAUAUUUGAGCACCCACUUUUCUUUUUUUUUUAUAGAAAAAGACCCCAGUGCUGCAGUAUCAUUUCAGUUUUGAACUCAAACAUAAUCUAAUCAUCACAGUUCAGAAAAUGUACAGAAAAUAUUAAUUUUAACAGACAAACACAAACCUGUUUGUUUCUUUCUUUUUACAAACUAGACCUUUUUUCCUUACCAGUUUUGUUAUUGUGUCCUCAGGAGGGUUGGAGGUUAUGGAGAAACGCUGCCAAAAUGUCUCACGGGAUGUGUUGUUUUGUGUACAGGGUAAAACGGACAACCUCAGUACCACUAAAAUGCAGAAACAGAUCAUCAGGACUUAAAUGUUUUUCAGUGCUGACAGCUGACGCUCCUCAGUGGCGUGCAAGGUGACUGUUAAACCUUUAAGCUGAAGUGUGUCCGGCGGUUCUCAAAGCCAUCACAAAGACUUCGGCGUCUCUCCUUGGGUCCAACAGCAUAUUUAUGAACGCUGAUCAAGAAUUAAUGUUUCCCAUGAUGAUGCUCUGCUCUGUGUAUUAUCAAAGUUGACUGUCAGAGGAGAAACCUUCAAGAACCCUUAAUCAAGCAUAAUGACGUUUAGCAACUAACAAAAGCAACGCUGAUCAUAUUAAACAACUGCUGCUCAUACACACACGUCCACUGAGUUAGUGCUGAGUUCACAAGUGAACAGGGACUUGACAGAAAUGUUCAAUAAACUAUACAGCUAAUAUUUUAAUUUUCUUAUUAAAAAAUAUCUGAAAACUAGGUUUUAAAAAAGAUCAUGUGCAUUGAAAACACAUCCUUUUUUGUUUUUGCAACAGGAAUUUCAGCAAAUCUUAGGUCUGUCAGCUCCUCAGAUCCUGAAUAUGAAUUAGUUUAAACUGACUGGAACCAUCUGAAAAAUCUGGGUAUUUCUCCAAGAACAUUCAUUAAAGUGGAAAAUGAUGAGCCUUGUGCUAAUAAUACAGCUUUAUUGUGUUUUUGUAUUUGCAGCUAAAUAUGUUGUGAAACUGGUUGCUUGUUUAUAACACCAUAUAGAUGGAAGCCAGAAAUUUCACCAGUCACUAACUCUUCAACAACUCUUUGAUAUUAAACAGGGCAAUUCUUACUUAAUGUUCUUUUUGUUGUGCAAACCUACAUAUACUGUACUUGCCUUGCACUGUGGAAGUUCAAUCUGCCCAUUCUUAAUGUAGCAUUAAGUGGCAUCAUGUGAGCUAAAAAUAUGAAGCGAAGCUGUUUGUCAGCCAUUAAUUUACCAUCAGUUCACAGUUCUUUCCUUUUAAAGUGAGACAGAGACAUUUACCCCUGUUGUAAUCCCCAUUCAGCGCAUUUUAAAGCUAAUUGUAGUCUGGUUUCAGUAAUGACUGAGCAAAUAUUUUCAAUCAAAUGAAGGUGCUCUGGCUGUGAAAUGCUGUUUUUCAAAAUUACUCACUUUUGGUUCAGUCGUCAAUAAAAUAUCAAGUGCACCGGACAUGGGUAUGUGAUUUUACAGUGAUUCAGCCAGAUAUCAGUGAAGCUCCUUCCCCACUAAAAAAGAAAGGAUGCUGCAGCACUAGAGGUGAAAACAUGUUGCACUGAUAUAUUUUAAAAGAAUCUGUGUUUAUGAUGUUGAUUUAUGAAAAGAAAAAGAAGAAAGUAGAGGACAGUGUUACUGAUACUUUUUUCUAACACAGUUUCAGAUGACAAUGUUACAAUUCUGAAAUGUACAAUUUACAGAGAUUUUCAUUCUUGAAAAAACUUCUAUGCGUCUCUUUGAAACGUAACGGUUUUAUUUACUUUAUUUUCCUUGUCUUUUUGUACUGUCAAUGAUGUACGUGCCAUUGUUUUGUUUGUUUUAUUUUUUAUUUUUUGUUUUUUUUUGUAUGACAAGUAAAAAGUUUUAUUUUCAAUAUUGCUUCUGUAAUUUUGUUGUCUCAAAUCUAGAAAAAAAUCAAGAAAGGAAAUAAGGAAGUAAAAAUGGAAAAGCAGUGAGGCCUUAUGUGACUACAAGUAUUGUUUGUACUUUGACUUUCUGGUCAGCACCCAGACUCAUUCGUCUCUGUUGUCCCAGACUCUGAUCAUUGACUAUUAACAUUCCAAAGAAUUGGAUCAAAUAAAUGUUUUAAGUAAAAGCUG